AUGGGAAUUGACGGUCAGCGCUGUGGCCGGAGAAACGCCUGCACGGACAACCUCGUGGCCGACGGGACCUGUCAGGCCGCGGCCAUCGUGGGCUCUAAGGACUCGCCCUCUGUCUGGGCCGCUGUCCCCGGGAAAACCUUCCUCAACAUCACGCCAGCCGAGGGUGGAGUUCUUGUUGGCAAAGACCGGUCAAGUUUUUCAGUGAAUGGGCUGACACUUGGGGGCCAGAAAUGUUCUGUGAUCCGGGACUCACUGCAGCCGGACUGGGAAUAUACCAUGGAUCUUCGCACCAAGAGUCCUGGCGGAGCCCCCACCUUCAACCUCACUGUCACCAUGACUGCCAGGACGCUAGUCCUGCUGAUGGGCAAAGAAGGUGUCCACGGUGGUUCGAUCAAUAAGAAAUGUGAUGAAAUGGCUUCCUGCUGGCGGCGUUCCCAGUACUGA